AUGCACCGUAGGGCCUUUGCACUCGCUGUCCCCUGCGUGGAAGGGCUGGUUAAACUCGGGGUCCACUGCAUCACGGGCCAGAAGGUUGCCAUCAAGAUCGUGAACCGAGAGAAGCUGUCCGAGUCGGUGCUGAUGAAGGUGGAGAGGGAGAUCGCCAUCCUGAAGCUCAUUGAACACCCACACGUCCUCAAGCUGCAUGAUGUCUACGAGAACAAGAAAUAUUUGUACCUGGUUCUAGAGCACGUCUCUGGAGGUGAGCUGUUUGACUACCUGGUAAAGAAGGGGAGACUGACACCCAAGGAGGCCCGGAAGUUCUUCCGCCAGAUAGUAUCGGCGCUGGACUUCUGCCAUAGCUACUCCAUCUGCCACAGAGACCUGAAGCCCGAGAACCUGCUUUUGGAUGAGAAAAACAACAUCCGCAUCGCGGACUUUGGCAUGGCGUCCCUGCAGGUGGGGGACAGCCUCCUGGAGACCAGCUGUGGGUCCCCCCACUAUGCGUGUCCGGAGGUGAUUAAGGGGGAGAAGUAUGACGGCCGCCGAGCGGACAUGUGGAGCUGUGGAGUCAUUCUCUUUGCCCUGCUUGUGGGGGCUCUGCCCUUUGAUGACGACAAUCUCCGCCAGCUGCUGGAGAAGGUGAAAAGGGGCGUCUUCCACAUGCCCCACUUCAUUCCUCCAGACUGCCAGAGCCUCCUGAGAGGGAUGAUCGAAGUGGAGCCUGAGAAAAGGCUCAGUGACGUGGGAAUCCAGGCCCCCUACCUCUCUCCUCAUACUAGGACUCAGGAAUCCGUGCCCCCAGCCCCUGCACCCCCAGGGACCCCGUACCCUGCAUCUUGCGUCGGUCCCAGCCGUCGGUUCAAGCGAGUUGUGGAGACCAUCCAGGCACAGCUGCUGAGUACUCACGACCAGCCCUCCGUGCAGGCCCUGGCAGACGAGAAGAACGGGGCCCAGACUCGGCCUGCUGGUACCUCACCCAGAAGCCUGCAGCCCCCGCCUGGCCGCCCAGACCCAGAGCUGAGCGGUUCUCCCCGCCGAGGCCCCGCUAAGGACAAGAAGCUCCUGGCCACCAACGGGACUCCUCUGCCCUGA